AUGGCUGAUCUUUCAACAACUCCUCCAUUGACUCGUGAGUCAGUCAUCGAAGCUCACAAACUCAUCAGCCCAUAUGUCCACUUUACACCCGUCCUGACCAACCAGACUAUCACGAAACUAGCCUCAACCCCUCGCACAGCGGAGGAGCUCCAAGGGACUCGCUAUGCUGGUAGAACGCCGGCCCGGCCAGUGCUAAGACUCUGGUUCAAAUGCGAGAAUAUGCAACGUAUUGGCGCUUUCAAAGCGAGAGGUGCUUUUCAUGCCAUCGAGAGGCUGAAGCAAGAACCAGGAUGGCUAGAGGGAGGCGGCAAGGAGAAAGGAGUCGUGACACACAGUUCCGGAAACCAUGCUCAAGCACUAGCUCUUGCGGCUCGAGAGAGUGGCAUCAAAGCCCAUAUUGUGAUGCCCGAGAUCUCCAACCCCAAAAAGAUUGCUGGAACAAAAGGCUACGGUGCUCGAGUUAUCUUUAGCGGAAGCACAUCUACUGAACGCGAAGCAAUGGCCGCCAAAGUUAUCGCUGAGACAGGAGCUCGACUUGUGCCGCCCUAUGACCACCCGGAUAUUCUCCUUGGACAAGGCACCCUCGGGCUAGAAUUCCAACAGCAAGUUUCCGAAUUGAUGACUGCCGACGCCGUCGUCGACGGGCAGAGGAGACUUUUCCGGGCACCGGUUACAGGGCGAGACAACGAGGCGCCGAGGACCAAGGAGAAACUUGGCUUGGACGCUAUCAUGACUCCUUGUGGUGGCGGUGGUAUGCUCUCAGGUGUUGCUCUGAGCUGUGAAGACACCGGAAUCCGAGUUUUUGGCUCGGAGCCAUCAUUUGAGGGUGCUGACGAUGCAAAGCGUGGGUUCGAGUCGGGCACACGAAUCACAACAGUCAAGACUCUAACAGUUGCCGAUGGACUACGUACUCCCGUGGGUGAGCAUCCUUGGUCAGUCAUAUAUGGUCGCCGCUUGGUAUCGGGCAUGUACAGCGUCACCGAGGAAGAGAUCCUGGCGGCUAUGAAGCUGGUGUUUGAGCGGUUCAAACUGGUUGUAGAGCCCAGUGCUUGCGUCCCGCUGGCUGUGGCGCUGUUUGAUGAGGAAUUCAGAUCAAUGGUAGAGCGAGAAGCUGGCGAAGAGGGCUGGGACCUCGGACUGGUGUUUAGUGGUGGUAAUAUUGGCCUUGAUGCUGUUGGAAAGCUCUUCGAAGGUAGCAAGUAA